AUGCCCAACCCACCCAGAAAAACCCCCCGCGACCGCGUGCAACACGCCCUGCCGCCCUACACAGGCCCCUACCAAGUCGGCUUUCUCGAGCUCGAGCUCCCGGCACGGCGCCCGCGCGCCUUCGCGCCACACAUCAAGCGCAACGGCGAGUUCGCGCUCAAGCUCGACACGGUGCUCUUUGCCGUGUACUACCCCGCAGACCUCGACCCCCAAAACGAUAGGAAAAGGGGGCCGGUUAAGAAGGGUAGGGCGGCGACAGCAGCGGUGGUCCUAGGAGGCGGAGAGCGGGUGGCCAGCGAUGGCGACCGGGCGUCAGUUCAAACAGAAAGCAAGAAGGAGGGUGAGGAACGGAGGAUAGAACGGGACGGUCAAAAGCAGCCACACCUUCGCCGGGUCCCAUGGCUCCCCCGUCCGCGCGGCGCGACAUGCAAAGGCUACGCCAAGUUCUUCAACGUCCCCCACUGGCCCGUCACCGCCUACAUGGCCUCGACAAGCAUGUUCACCAAGCUACCCGCGUACCGGAACGCCCAGCUAUCCGAGCGAUGGCCCAGCACGAGCACGGCCAUCGGGGCAGCGCAACAGGGCGAGGCGACGACCAGCGCCGGCGGUUACGAGAGCGGCGAGACACUGGUGGAAGGGGAGGGGGAUAAGGAGGGGGUAUGUGACAAGCCGCGGUUUCCUGUGGUUAUCUUCAGCCACGGUCUUGGGGGGUCGCGGACGCUGUACAGCUCUAUCUGUGGCGAGCUGGCUAGCUUUGGGUUGGUGGUGGUGGCGGUCGAACACCGCGACGGGAGUGGGGCUCGGACCUUUGUCAACAAGGCCGGCAAGAAAGAAAAUCUGGAGAGUCAGGAUGUGGAUAAGUCGGCCGGGCCGCCGGAGAAUGAGAAGAAGCGCCGUAGGACACGGAGGAAGAGGAACACCGAGAUACGGCCGUACUACAAGAUCGACUACCUCGUUCCCAAGGACAACGCUCAGGAUACCUCUCCACACAACCCCAAUGGGGUCGACAAGGAAUUGCGCGGGGCACAGAUCGAGAUGAGGCUAGCCGAGAUCGAGGAGGCGUUCUACGUCAUGGGAUUGGUAAACAAUGGGAGCGGAGACAAAGUGCGCCGCGACAACCUUCGGGAAGUGGGCCACAUCGGCUCCAGUUCGAUCGGCCUUCGCGGCAUCGACUGGCGAGACUGGGAAGGUCGGCUGGACCUAGAAAGCGUCACCAUGAUGGGCCACUCUUUCGGCGGCGCGACGACGGUUCAGGCGUUGAGGUCCGACAAGCUUGCCUGGAUUACCCAGGGCAUCCUGCUCGACCCGUGGGGCCCCGCAACGCCGGAAUGCACCGAACAUAAGUCGGUCCACAAGCCGGUGCUGUCCAUCGGUAGUGAGGCCUUUAUGCACUGGGCCGAGAACUUCGAUUGCAUCGAACAGGUGUGCAACGAAGCCCGGGCGGCAGACACGCUCUCCUGGAUGACGACCAUCCGAGGAUCGACACACCUGUCCCAGACCGACUUUGCGGUUCUUUAUCCAAAUUGGAUGUCGUUGUUCAUGAAGACCAUCGUAGACCCCAAGCGCGCCAUUUGCCUCACAGUGCACUCGGCACUUGAGUUCCUCAAGCUCACGCUGCCCGCGCCGCAAACCAGGUUUGCCGAGGCAUGGGCGGACGAGCAGCUGCUAGGCAGCGCAGACUCCGAAACCGAGGCCGUGUCUGAUCACCGACCUGACGACAAAUGGGUCGCAGCCCGGUUAAAGAUCCCCAACGAAUUCUCGACGCGUCUCCGAAGCAUGUUCCAGCGAGACGCAUCGCUAGCUUCGCCGAGGGGCUUGAUGAACCAGGGUCCAGGGAACGAGAUCUGGUGUCAUCAAUCGCCUAGCCAGGAUUCUAUCGCGCGAUAUCUGAGGCGGAAUGGCCGGUUGCCCGUCCUGGGCAGUCAGGAGGGUGUCAUUGCCUGA